ACUGUGUGUGUGGGCUCGUACCCCGCGGGCGGCCGCGGCUGCUGCUUGAACACCCUGAGGGCGGCGCGAUGGGAGACGAGAUGGAUACCGUGAUCCCGGAGCGAGAGAUGAAGGUCAGAGACUGGCCGGGGGACUCCCAUUCUUUCCUUAGUCCUGGCCUUGCCUUGGCGCCCCGCCUGCUGCUUGAACAGUUGAACCGCGUUCAGAGUUCUCACCUGCUCGCCUCGGAACCCGGCGUGAGGGCCCCGCCGGGCGCGCUUUGACCUGUCCCCUCGGUGGGCCGGGGCACGUCUCUCGAGUUGCCCCAGACACUUCCGUAUGGUGGUCGCCACAGUGCUAGUAACAACUGUUUAUUAUUGUGUGCGAAGUACUGUGGUGGGCAUCCCGUAGCUCUGCGAAUAUUAUUUGCCCAGAAGUCGACUGAGGCUCAGAAAGCAGUUGAUCCAUCACAUCGUUCACGGGGUCGAAACCCAGGAUUUUCAGUUUAGAGCGCUGAAGAAGGUGAGACUCUUUGAUUCCCCUGAGGAGUUGCCCAAGGAACGCUCCAGUCUGCUUGCCAUAUCCAACAAGUAUGGCCUCGUCUUUGCUGGUGGAACCAAUGGGUUGCAAGUUUUUCCUACUAAAAACCUUCUUAUUCAAAAUAAACCUGGAGAUGAUCCCAAUAAAAUAGUUGAUAAAGUCCAAAGCUUGGUUGUUCCUGUGAAAUUCCCCAUAUGUCACCUGGCCCUAAGCUGUGAUAACCUCACACUUUCUAUGUGCAUGACGUCCAGUGAUGGCUCCGUCAUCGCUUUUUAUGAUGUUCGGACAUUCUCAAAUGAGGCUAAACAGCCAAAGUGCCCAUUUGCCCAUCACAAGCUCUUGAAGGACACUGGAGGCAAGGUGAUUGAUAUGAAGUGGAACCCUGCUGUGUCUACCAUGGUGGCAGUUUGUCUGGCUGAUGGCAGUAUUACUGUCCUGCAUGUUACAGAAGCAGUAAAAGUGCAUGCCACUCUUCCUCCCUCAGCAGCAGUGACAUGUGUGUGCUGGAGUCCCAAAGGAAAGCAGCUGGCAGCAGGAAAACAGAACGGAACUGUGGUCCAGUAUCUUCCUACUUUGCAGGAAAAAAAAGUCAUUCCUUGUCCUCCAUUUUAUGAAUCAGAUCAUCCUGUCAGAGUUCUUGACGUGCUGUGGAUUGGUACCUAUGUCUUCACCAUCGUGUAUGCUGCUGCAGAUGGGACGUUGGAGACAUCUCCAGAUGUGGUGAUGGCACUAUUACCGAAAAAAGAAGAAAAGCACCCAGAGAUAUUUGUGAACUUCAUGGAGCCCUGCUAUGGCAGCUGCACAGAGAGACAGCAUCAUUACUACCUCAGUUACAUUGAGGAGUGGGACUUGGUGCUGGCGGCAUCUGCAGCUUCCACGGAAGUUAGCAUCCUUGCCCGACAGAGUGAUCAGAUAAAUUGGGAAUCUUGGCUAUUGGAGGAUUCUAGUCGAGCUGAACUGCCUGUGACAGACAAGAGUGAUGACUCUUUGCCGAUGGGGGUUGCCAUCGAUUGUACCAAUCAAAUAGAAGUUGCCAUCAACGAUGAAAAGACUCUUCCUCCUGCUCCAGUUCUUCUGUUACUUUCAACAGAUGGUGUGCUUUGUCCAUUUUAUAUGAUCAAUCAAAAUCCUGGGGUUAAGUCCCUAAUCAAGACCCCGGAGCUGCUCUCAGUGGAAGGAGAGCGACAGUCCAAGUUACCAGAAAGUAUUUCCUCCACCCCAGCGUGCUCUCCAGCCCAGCCAAAACUUGAUGCCUUAGCAGCUGCAGCCCCUUCCUCCCUUGGACCCAUGUCCACUGCUGCUCCUAUCGCCACUUUCCCCUUGUCCUCUGCUGGGGGCACCCCUGCUGUGUUUUCCUUUGGCUCUUCAUCCUUGAAGCCAUCUGCUGCUGUUACAGGGGAGCCCUCUCCAUAUCCCACUGCUUCUGACAAUCCCAGAGCAGCCCAGGGCUCUGGCGCCUCUACUUUUUCUUUUGUCCCUCGUCCAAAAACUGCCCUGGCCCCCACCCCAGCAACACCCCCCAUGGCCCCAUCUGCUGCUUCCUUCUCCUUUGGCUCCUCAAGUUUUAAGCCCACCCUGGAAAGCACACCAAUAUCAGUUGCUCCAAAUACAGGAAUGAAGCCCUCCUUCCCAUCCUCUUCUGUCAAGGUCAACCUUAGUGAAAAGUUCACCACUGUGGGCUCCUCUGCUCCUGUCCAUAGCUCACAUAGCUCCCCGAGUAUGCCCUCGAUGAUGCCAUUCUCUUCUUCCUCCAAGCCGGCCGCUUCUGGACCACUCAGCCAUCCCACACCUCUCUCAGCACCAUCUAGUUCCAUGCCUUUGAAGCCUUCUUUCUCUCCCUCGUCAGCAGGCCGACCUACUCAAGGUGGUCCAAGUCCAGUGCCCUCCAUGGUACAGAAAUCACCCAGGAUAAUCCCUCCAAUGGCAAAGUCCAGCUCUCCUCAGGUGAAGUCACUUCCGCCUCCUGUCACAGAAAAACAGGGACAUCAGUGGAAAGAUACAGAUCCUGUGAUGGCUGGAAUUGGGGAGGAGAUCGCACACUUCCAGAAAGAACUGGAGGAGUUGAAGGCCCGGACAGCUAAAGCCCGUUUCCAGGUGGGCACUGCAGAGGAGAUGAAGAUGCUGCGGACAGAGGCAGAUGACUUGCACACCUUCCUCUUGGAGAUUAAGGAGACCACAGAGUCUCUUCACGGAGACAUAAGUGCUCUGAAAACAACUUUACUGGAGGGAUUUGCUGGAGUUGAAGAAGCCAGAGAACAGAACGGAAGAAAUAAUGACUCUGGGUACCUCCAUCUGCUUUACAAAAGGCCACUGGACCCCAAGAGCGAGGCUCAGCUACAGGAAAUUCGGCGCCUCCAUCAAUAUGUGAAAUUUGCUGUCCAAGAUGUGAAUGACGUUCUGGACUUGGAGUGGGAUCGGCAUCUGGAACAAAAGAAGAAACAAAAGCGCCUACUUGUGCCAGAGCGAGAGACAUUGUUCAACACACUAGCCAACAACCGGGAAAUCAUCAACCAGCAGAGGAAGAGGUUGAAUCACCUGGUGGACACUCUCCAACAGCUUCGUCUCUAUAACCAGACAUCCCCAUGGAGCUUGCCCUCAGCUCUUGCCCAGAGCAGUACUCAGAGUUUUGACAGUGACCUUGAAAGCCUGCGAAAUGCUUUGUUAAAAACCACCAUAGAAUCUCACACCAAGCCCUUGCCCAGAGUACCAGCUAAACUGUCCCUGGUGAAACAGGCUCAACUGAGAAACUUCUUGGCCAAGAGGAAGACCCCGCCAGUGAGGUCCACUGCUCCAGCCAGCCUGACUCGAUCAGCCUUCCUGUCUCAGAGAUACUAUGAAGACUUGGAUGAAGUGAGCUCUACGUCGUCCAUUUCUCAGUCUCUGGAGAGUGAAGAUACCCGGGCAUCCUCCAAAGAUGAGGAAGCUGUGGUCCAGGUCCCUCGGCAUGCCCCUGUUGUCCGCACACCUUCCAUCCAACCCAGUCUCUUGCCCCAGGCAGUGCCUUUUGCUAAGUCUCACCUGAUCCAUGGUUCUUCACCUGCUGUGAUGGGAACUACGUUGUCCAUGCCUGCUAGCAAGAUUAUUCCUCAGGGAGCUGACAGCACAAUGCUGGCAACAAAAACCGUCAAACAUGGCGCACCUGGUCCUUCCCACACUGUGGCAGCUCCUCAGGCAGCCGCUGCUGCAGCUCUGAGACGGCAGAUGGCCAAUCAGGCGCCAGCCGUGAGCACCUUGACUGAAUCAACUCUGAAGAAUGUUCCUCAAGUGGUGAACGUGCAGGAAUUAAAGAGUAAUGCUGCAGCCCCGUCUUUGGCCAUGGGUUCUCCAGUGGCAUAUUCCGCAACCAAAACGCCACACACACUGUUAGCCCCUGUGGCCACCAACCAAGCCAAGCAGGGGUCUCUAGUCAGUUCCCUGAAGCCAUCAGGGCCCACACCAGCAUCCAGUCAGUUGUCAUCUGGUGAUAAAGCUUCAGGGCCAGGUACAGCCAAGACAGAAACAGCUGUGACCUCGACUCCAUCUGCUGUGGGGCAGUUCAGCAAGCCGUUCUCAUUCACUCCGUCAGGGACUGGCUUUAAUUUUGGAAUAAUCACACCAACACUGUCUUCUAAUUUCAGUGCUACACCAGGGGAAACUCUCCCCACUGAAGAGUCAAGCCAGUUGGAGGCACUCUCACUUGGCGGGGGAAGCAAACCUUUUUGUGAGACUGUCUCUGGAAGCACCUCUACUGCAUUAAUGCCCAGUACCUCUGCAGCUGCCCCUCCAGGAGAUCCUUCUUCCUCCAGUAGCAGACUUGCAGCACCGUCUGGAAUUGCUCUAUCUCCUGCCUCUAGCAAGCUGGAAACUCCACCAUCCAAGUUAGGAGAGCUUCUAUUCCCAAGUUCUGUGGCUGGAGAGACCCUAGGGAGCUUUUCAGGACUACGUGUUGGCCAAGCUGAGGACUCUGCAAAGCUGUCUAGUAAUAAGAUUUCAUCCCCAAGCCUAACCAGUGCCCAGUCAUCCAAGCCUUCAAGUAUACCCUCAGGGUUUAGCUUUUCUGGCACUCCGGUGUUAGGGAAGCCUACUGAGCCCCCUGUGACCUCUUCCUUGACUCCCAUCCCAGCAGCACCACCCACAGUUACCAGCACAAGUGCUAGCAAUUCCUCAGCCCCUGUCUUUGGCAGUUUGCCUUCCACCAGUGCAGGACCUUCGGGGGUGAUCAGCUUUGGCGGGACAUCUCUGGCUGGUAGUAAAGCUAGCUUUUCAUUUGGAACCCAGCUGACCAGUAGUACAGUGUCAUCACCUGCCCCCACAGCAACCUCAUCUGCCCCUCCCCUUUCCGCAUCUUUCCCCACCUUGUCAUUUGGUGGCCUCCUGAAUGCCUCUUCCCUGCCCAUGUCCUCUGGGAAGAGUACAGAGGAGGCCACGCCAUCAGCUGGUCCUGAGAAGUCAGGCCAUGGAGAGGUCUCAGCAUCAACAACCUCACUUGCAGUGCAGCCACAGCCAGCUGUGCUUUCCCAGGCUCCUCUGCAGGCUUCUGACUCUGCUAAAAAGGAGCCCACUCUUGUGCAGUCCACAGACAGCAGCCAACAGACAGCAGCUCCUACUACUAGCCUCGUGGCACCUUCAGCAGAGGCCACACCAAUAGCCCCUGGGGUCCCUGAUAGCAAGACAGAGGUGGCAUCCCCUGUUUCCACCUUAACAGGACCAGGGCAGACUCCUGUUGCAGCAGCUACUCUCCCAGUGGCAGGACCUGUGGGUAUUGAAGCACUGGGAGCCCCCACUACCUCUAGUACUGUUUCUAGCAGCACACCAGGCCCCACCACAGGGACAGCAGUGUUUGGGACUGCCACUUCUGGCUCCUCUGUCUUUACUCAGCCACCUGCUGCCAGUUCUAGCUCUGCAUUCAGCCAGCUCUCCAGCAGCACAGCCACUACCCCUUCAGGCACCCCCAUGUUUGGGCAGGUGGCGUCCAGCACUGCCCCAAGUCUGUUUGGGCAGCAGACCAACAGCAUCACCAGCACGGCUGCCGCCACGCCCCAGGCCAGUAGCUCAGGCUUUGGCAGUUCCAGUUUUGGUGCUUCAGCCCCAGGAGUCUUUGGGCAGACAACGUUUGGGCAGGCCCCAGCCUUUGGGCAGGCUACCAGCAGCCCUGCAAGCGGCUUCUCCUUUAGUCAGCCUGGGUUUAGCUCUGUGCCUGCUUUUGGCCAGUCUGUCUCCUCCACCCCUGCAUCCACCAGUGGAAAUGUCUUUGGAGCAGCCUCCAGUACAAGCAGCCCUGGUUCCUUCUCAUUUGGACAAGCUUCUGCCAACACAGGAGGUACACUGUUUGGCCAGAGCAACCCUCCUGCUUUUGGGCAGAGCCCUGGCUUUGGGCAGGGUGGCUCUGUAUUCGGCAGCACAUCAGCUACCACCUCCACUUCAGCAUCUUCGGGGUUCAGCUUCUGUCAAGCGUCAGGUUUUGGAUCUAGUAAUACUGGUUCUGUUUUUGGUCAAGCUGCCAGUACCAGUGGGACAGUGUUUGGCCAGCAGUCAUCCUCGUCCAGUGGUAGCGUGUUUGGGUCUGGAAACGCUGGAAGAGGGGGAGGCUUCUUCAGUGGCCUUGGAGGGAAACCCAGCCAGGAUGCCGCCAACAAAAACCCAUUCAGCUCAGCCAGUGGGGGCUUUGGAUCUACAGCCACUCCAAAUACCUCUAACCUGUUUGGAAACAGCGGAGCCAAGACAUUUGGAGGAUUCGCCAGCUCAUCCUUUGGGGAGCAGAAGCCUGCCGGCACAUUCAGCUCUGGCAGUGGAAGUGUGGCAUCCCAGGGCUUUGGCUUUUCCACUCCAAAUAAAGCAGGUUUGGGAGCAGCAGCAACACCACAUCCUUUGGUACCCUCGCCAGUCAAAACGCCCCUACUUUUGGAUCUCUCUCUCAACAGACUUCAGGUUUUGGGGCCCAGAGCAGCGGAUUCUCUGGGUUUGGAUCAGGCGCAGGAGCAUUCAGCUUUGGAUCAUCUAACUCGUCUGUCCAGGGCUUUGGUGGCUGGAGAAGCUGAGAAGGUGUCAGCAUCACCCACUGUGUGCAUCCCUUCACAUCCCCAGGGGACACGGGAACAGGCUAUCAGAUGGACUUUCUCACAGAAACGCACUAGAAACAACAGAGACCAAAACUCGGAGAUGCCUGCCCACUUGUUUGUUUUACAUUUUGUGGUGGGUUUCCCCUUACUAUUAAACUGUUUGGGCUGUUUCUAAA